UUGAGUCGAUUGUCCAUCAUCGAAAUGAACUUCCACAGACAUGUAGCCAGUCACGGCAUCGUGGUGGGUUUCAAGGGACCUGUAUGUAUGCAAUCAAACUCAAUAUUACAGCCACAUAACAUUGAGAUGAGUGCUGACCACUCACAAUAUGGUUGUCCAGUAUUCAGACAGGACGCUACAACCUUCAACAAGUCGAGUGAACAAACUUGGUCGAAAGAUUUCUUGGUUGAAGGAUCCCGAUUGCACCAGGAAUUCCACAGUACCUCAGAUCUACAUAAAAUUGUACGUCUGUGUACAUGCAAAGGCCUAUGUAACACAGCCUGA